AUGGCUAGAGGCGCAGGCUGGAACAAGCCGCAAAGAGACAGGAAUAGUAGUAGACAGUCCAAGUUCAUAACAGGAGAGACAGGCCAGGUUCCAGGGGAUGUGGCGAAGGCAAAGUCCAGUAUACAGGUCCCAAAGUCUCAGUGUUCAGAUAACUGUUUACCAGGAACCCAGAAAGUCUCCAAGUCCAAGAUCUUUUGCUGCUGCUAUAAUUGUGUUCCGUGCGCCGCGGGGGAAAUCUCAAACAUGACCGACAGUAAAACCUGCAUGAAAUGUUCUGACCUUGACUGGCCCAAUGAGAAGAAGGAUCGUUGUGUCCCAAAGCUGCUGGAAUUUCUCUCCUACACAGAUGACACAAUCGUUCCGGUUAUUUCUGUGGUUUCCACUAUAUUUUCUUUCCUUACACUCAUGAUUCUUAUUACUUUUAUUCUGUACCAAGACACGGCCAUCGUGAAGGCCAAUAACAGAGACCUGAGCUUCCUUCUUCUGGUCUCCAUCAUGCUGAGCUUCCUCUGUGUCUUCUUGUUCCUUGGACAUCCCGUGGACCUCACUUGCCGGCUACGUCAGGUCUCAUUUGGAAUCCUCUUCUCAGUAGCCGUUUCUUGUCUUUUGGCUAAAACAGUCACAGUUUGCAUAGCUUUUAAAGCUACUAAACCCGGCAGCUCCUGGACACGCUGGAUUGGAAGCAAGUGGUCUAAUUCUUUGGCGUUGUUCUGCUCAUCCAUCCAAGUCAUAAUUUGCAUGGGUUGGUUGGCUCUAGCGCCCCCCUUCCAAGAGCUGGAUACUCAGUCCUAUCAGGGAAAGAUCAUUGUGCAGUGUAAUGAAGGCUCCGUUAUUGGGUUCUACUCUGUCCUGGGUUAUAUGGGGGUCUUGGCGGCUGUUAGUUUUAUUACAGCUUUUUUAACUCGGACAUUACCGGACAGUUUCAAUGAGACCAAGUACAUCACCUUCAGCAUGCUGGUGUUCUGCAGCGUCUGGAUUGCCAUGAUCCCGGCUUAUCUGAGCACCAAAGGGAAAUACAUGGUGGCUGUGGAGAUAUUCGCCAUAUUGACCUCAAGUGCUGGACUUUUAGGGUGUAUAUUCCUCCCAAAGUGCUAUAUUAUCCUCUGGAGACCAGAACUUAACUCCAGAACUCAUUUACUGGCGGGAAGAAGAGGAUGA